GACACGGGGUAUUUUUGUUUCUUUGUUGUCAUAGUCACUGACCGGAACCACUAUGGUCGCGUAUACACGUGUUUUUACUUGUACCCCCAAUUCAACACUUCACCAAGAUCAUUACAAGUGCUAGGAUGCCAAAAUCCAAAAAAUCCGCUCUGCCGCUCCACAACAAACAGAAAAAUGUGAAAGCACCACCAUCAAUCUUCAGCCCGGGGACCCUCAGUCCUCGCAGUUUCCCCCUCAGUCCAUACACAGUUCUGGGAUCGUUUCUUCUUUGGAUAUUUAUUGGACUAGCCGCCUAUAAAUGUCUCCUUUACUUUGGCACAUACCGUUCUCUAGAUUCAGAUUUGAUAGGAUCGUGUGAUGUUCAUCUGAAAAAAUCUUUGGAAGAGAAUUUAAAAAUCGCUGAAAACUACUCAAAAGGGGAUGCUGGCCCUUACCUUAAGAGGAUAGGCUCUCAGAUGUAUGGAGAUACAUUUGCUGGAACUCCUUCACCACAGGAAUUACCCAACAUUCCUCCCGUAGUUACAGCUGUAUCGUCUGCUGAGUUCUUCCAAAUACAAGGUCUCAUCCGGGAUAUUGAAGAUGUAAAUAAGAGCGGCAAAAUUCUAAUAAAACUGAUCAUUUACGAUCUAGGAUUGUACAGAAAUGAAAAAGAAAUCAUGAAGAAACACUGUAACUGCGACGUGAGGUCAUUUGAUGCUGGACAUUACCCGAAUCACGUGGCCGUUUACUCGAAUAAGGCGUACCAACCUAUUAUAAUGCAGACUAUCCUGGAAGAGUUUGGCUCAGUGAUGUGGAUUGACCCUUCAGUGAAGUUCAAAGAAGCCCGAGAUCUGGGCAUGCUCAGAUUCCGCGGAUCACACGACUUUUUCCUGUGGGAGGAGGAAAUUUUUAAUUCAAUUGUGGCUUACACACAUCCACAAAUGUUUGAAUUUUUGGGAGAAAAAAGAUGCACGUUUGCGGAAUACGGAAUGAUGGACACCAGUUCUAUAGUUCUAUACAGAACUAACAUGACAUGGAUUGGUAUUAUGAAACCUUGGUUAAAAUGUGCCCUUAAUGCAAAUUGUUUAUCUCCCAGAGGUGCUAAGAAUUCAGAAUGUUUUCACUGGGAACGGCCAAAAAUGACUGGAUGUCAUUGGUUUGUGCAAUCUGCCUUCAGUAUUGUCGUAAAUAGAGUUUUCCAGUUUUCAUCUCAUAUAGACAAAUUAUCAAUCCCUCGCUUCACAACGAAAGAGGAUGUAGAAAUUAUUUAUCAUUUCCCAGAACAGCCAUGGACCUAUAGCGAAAUUGUUUUCGUGCUAAUUCUUCCUGUAAUGGUUUGUGGCGCAUUGUUUUACAUGUACCAAAGAAGGACACGGGCGCAAAGGGAACAGUACCUCAGGCGGUGAUUAAUGUUAAAAAAACUAAUUGUGAUGAUUCAGGGAGUAUGGCGUUUGAAAGGGGUGAGAAAAGUGCAGAAAUUCGUUCUAGGAAUGUAUGUUUGAAGUCAGAUUAAUUUUACUUAUAGUUUCCGGAACUGACAGUUUUUAGCUCUCUAGAUUAGGAUGCAUUGAUAAGGUGCCUGACGUUUUUCUAUUUGUCUGUCUGUAAACACAUUUAAAUUAAAUUAUAAGACAAACGGCGUUGCAAAUAUAUUCUUUCAUUUUGGGUCCAAUUGAAAAAAAGACACGGGACACAAUUAGAUUACAUCCAGAUACACAAAUCUUAACAUUUCUUGAAUGUUAACAAUAUCGUAUUGCCACAAUUACUUAAAAUAGUCAUUUUGAAAAUGCAUAAAAAAAAUCUUAUUAAGCUUUCAUUUAAUUUCAACUAAGCCCAUUAAAAAGGCACCAAGAUACUAAAUCCUAAAGUAUUUCAG